AUGAACUGCCCUUCCAAAACCGAUGAAGACAUCCUUUGGCAUCCGGAAUGGAAUCAGAGUCCGCCACGCUUCGCUGCUGAUCUGACGACUUGUGAGGACCUAAACGGCAUCGCGAAUGCAAGGGAAUUAGGAGAAGCAGACCGGUUGCGCAGCGGCACACAGAGUCUCCGGCGCUGUGGAAUCGAUGAUUCCAAUGCUCAAGAGAUGGAGAAGAGACCGCCGAACACUACGGGCGAGGGUGUCAAAGGGUCCCUAAACGGACCUUGCACCCGAACAACCAGACAUGUGAGCGAGUACCAAGGUGGCCUCACCGCCACUAUCGUCAGCUGGUCAAAGUGGCUAGUAUCAGUACUGUGUACUUCAAUUUUGAUAUCCUGGGCUAGCGGCAACCUGUCCGCUCCCAGACUUUUCUUGCCCAAAGAUCAAUCAUUUCAACGUCUCCCAAGGCGAAGUACCUGCGAAGAUGGCAAAGCGCAGCCCAACUACGAUCUGGGCCUGCAUGUCGCUGGUCUCUUCAUUAUUCUCUUCGUAUCCGGCACUGGAUGUGCCUUCCCAAUGCUCGUACUCAAAUUCCCCCGGCUGCGCAUUCCACCUGCCUUCCUUUUCGGCGCAAAGCAUUUCGGUACUGGUGUCUUAGUCGCGACCGCAUUUGUCCAUCUACUCCCCACCGCUUUUGGCUCACUGAACGAUCCAUGUCUGUCAAGUUUCUGGACCACUGACUACCAGGCUAUGCCAGGCGCUAUCAUGCUAGCUAGUGUGUUUUUCGUCACAUUAAUUGAAAUGAUUUUUUCUCCGGCCCAGCAUGUCUGCGGUGGUAACGAGGGCGCGGAGGCUGUGUCUCGCCGAAAAGAAGAGCCAAAGCACGAGACUACCGAAUCGCCGGCUCCACCACAACCAGCAAUGCAGAGGACGUACUCCGAAUCUAGCAUGCGAGUCCGCGAUCUAGGCGUCUUGCGUGGAAGAGUUGGGAGCAUCAGUAGGACACUCUCCCGCUACCGCGAAGACGGCCAAAGACUUGACGCGAUUGAAUCUGUUGGUGGGUCUGCAGCGGAAAUUCCAGGUGCUCAUAGCAAGGAAGACAGUGAUGAGUAUGCUAUCGAACAGGACCAAGAAACUGGAGAGCACAACCAUGUGCUCACACCCGAGCAAAUCCAUAAGAAAGCUAUUAUGCAAGUUUUUCUCUUGGAAAUGGGUAUCCUGUUCCACAGCAUCUUCAUCGGAAUGUCACUUGCCGUUUCCGUUGGUAACGACUUCACCGUAUUGCUCAUUGCCAUUGUCUUCCAUCAAACUUUUGAAGGCCUCGCUCUCGGUGUACGUAUCGCAGACAUCAACUGGAAGCCCCGCGCUGCACAGCCCUGGCUCAUGGCUCUCGCAUACGGUUGCACUACACCAGGCGGCAUGGCAAUCGGUAUAGCAACUCACACCCUGUACUCUCCCGACUCUGAAGUUGGUCUUCUCGUCGUCGGCAUCAUGAAUGCUAUUUCCGCGGGUUUCCUCGUCUACGCAAGUCUUGUGGAACUCAUGUCGGAGGAUUUCUUGAGCGACGAGAGUUGGAAGGUGCUCAGGGGAAAGCGCAGGGUGUAUGCGUGUUUGCUUGUGUUCUUGGGAGCCUUCCUCAUGAGUUUGGUGGGGGCUUGGGCGUAG